GCUCGAGCCCCCUGUAAGCGGGGGCGCAGCCUCUGUGGACGCCGCUUUGCAUGCCCAGUUCCACUUGCCCAGAGUGCCCUACUCCGAGCCCAGCUUCAGCACCGGCUGCGACUCCACAUGUGGCAGCACCGGAGCACCGAUUGGCAGUUGGUUGUGGAGAAGAAGGGAGAGACAUCCACGAUGUGCAGAAGGACCUGCGAGGCAAGAGCGAGCGGGGGGAGGAGCAGCGGAGGAAGUCUGGGCAGCAAGAGGAGGAAAGAGAAGGGCGCUCUGGGCAAAGGGACCUCCCUAUCACCGGGACUGUGGUCGCACCAGCGUGUCGCCAGGCCAUUUGGUGCCCUGGCCGGCUUUGUGCCAGGUGACCCCCCCUCAGCUCGUGGAGAAGCAAGACGAGGCAUCGUGAGGAGCGGCGGGCUGAAGAGAGGGCUGGGGGGAGAGGAGGGAGCUCAGGGCAAAGGGGCUUCCCCACGGCCCCGUUGCCGGCACCUUUGGUGUCCUGGCCGGCGCUGCGCCGGGUGACCUCCCUGUAAGCAGGGCUCGGGUCUCUGGCCUUUUGCCCCCUUGCCCCGACGAUUUGGCUGCCGAUAGAGAGGGGCAGCCCUGUAAGGAGAGCGAGCGGCACCGUCCCCGCGCCGAGGGGGAAACGGGGCUGUCUGGCCCCCACGCCCGCCCUGUAGUCAGGGGAGGGCUGUUUCCCCGGCCCCGGCGGCUUUCCGCCUGCUGGCGGCCUUGCCAGCGUGACCCCCUGGAGUCGGGGCGCGUCACGGCACUUGUCCCUCGGUCCCCCGCAAAGCCCCGUGGCACGUUGAGUCCCUCUGGGCUCCGUGCGUCCGCGGGGGCAGGUCCCAGGCUCUGCUCUCCUGCUUGCGGGAGGGGACGGCUCCCCAGACAUUGGCUGCACAAAGCUCGCUCUCUCUUCUGGGAAGUUUUCUUUCCCCCUGUCCGUGUGCCUGCCUGUGUCCGCGUCGGUGCGAGUGUGUGAGUGCAGGAGCUUCUUGUUUAGGCCCCUGUUGAAAUCGCUGCAGCGUACUUAGCUUAAACUUCCCGGGAGGGAAAGAGGGGCUCUGUGCAGCAACAGGGGGGUCGGUCCCCGCUGAGCCCGCGAGCGGAGGGCGAGUCCCGGCUCGCCCCCCCUUUCCAAGGACAGAGCCAAGCCGCGUGGUCGUAGCACGGCCGACGCGUGACCCGCCCGCAGUCUGGGCCUGGGUCACUGCCUGGGUGGCUGCCUGUCCUGCUGGUGACCUGCCAGCGUGCCGGCCCCGUACUCGGGGCGAGUGCCAUGAGCCGUGGAGCCCUCUGACCCCAGGAGCAGCCCGACGGCCCUGUAAGCAGGGUUGGGCCCGUUC